AAUUUUAAUUUGUUCCCAUUUAUUGUGUGCUACUUAUUAUGGUAAACAAUGUUAAAUAUUUGGUAAUUUUGAGUAAUUCAAAUAAAUUUCAAAUUGCCAACGAAAAGGUAAUAUAAAUAUAUCAACAACCGCUUAAUAUUACAAAAUUAUUUAUGUUUACAAUGCGUCAUUGCAUUCUUAAUUGCGAUAAUGAAAACAAUAUGAAGUUGCAUAGAUUUCCACCCGACAAAAACAGAAACUCUUUAUGGAGAACACUUUUAAAUGUAGAGAAUGAUGAGGCGAAAGGUUUGUAUGCGUGUCAAAAUCAUUUUUCUGGAUACAUGUAUGCAGGCACAAAUCUAAGAAAAGGCGCGAUACCUGAUACUAAUUUGCCCAUUGAGCCAAGUGACGAUUUAAAAAUGGAAAUUUUAAAAUUGAUAGCACAAUCUGAAAUCAAAUCGCCUCCAUCGCCCCCAAUGAAUUACACAGGAGUAAAGCUACCUGUGCGCUCCCCAUACAAAAGAAAUACUAUGAAUUAUGAAAAGUUAGAAAAUGUUAUUGUUGAGGAGGUAAUGCAACCAAUGCACCAAGAAGAGAACACGAUUGUUAAUUCUGGUGCUACAGAUUCUCAAAGAAAACUUUUAACUAAAGCCCGACAAAAUAAUUUAAACUAUGGACCAAAUCAUUUAGUUUUAAUUAAAGAAGCAGAGAGUAAAUUCAUAAAUGAGGAGGAGUACGAUGCUGAUGCCAUUGCUGACAAAUUAGUUGAUAUCACAGAUGAUAAUAAGGCGUCCGGUACAUGCAAAUAUCCAUCAAAUAAAGGUGGCUGUGGUCGUGUAGAAGCAUCGCCAAAUAAAUGUCUGUUUAGUUUACAGUGUCAUUAUUGUACACAACGUUUUCUUAUUUGGAACUGGCGAAAAUUUGUGCAUCAUAUUCGUGUAGAACACUUUCAAAUAACUGAUAACCUUCUUUAUGUAGACAUAAAUGGCGAUAUUAUAUUUAGUAGUAAAGAUCAAAGCAUGGAUACUGUAAAAAAUGUCAAGGUUCCAAACUAUCUUCCUCAAUUGUCUGUUGAUAAUACGAGUCAAAUUAUUAACGAAAGUAUUAAAAUAAACUCUACACAAAAUGAGAACAAAAAUGUUGAGUUAAAAAUGAUUCCAUGUACGGUCAGAUUAAUUUCAGACCAAGAUGUUAAACAACAAUCAGAAGCGAAGACAAUACCAAGUACAGUCAUAUUAAAUCCUGGUAAAGAUGAUAAUGAGAAGUCAGAACUGAAGAUAAUUCCAUGUAGUGUUAAAAUAGUUUCUGAAGAAAAUGCUAAAAAAAAAGCGGAAUUAAAAGUUAUACCCACUGACGGAGAAGUUUCUGAAAAUGAUUUGAAAAACAAAGAAAUGAAGAUAAUACCAUGCACUGUUAAAUUAAUAUCUAAAGAGGAUGAUAAGAAAAAAAUACAUGCGAAGGCAAUAACAAGUACUGCUAAAAUAAGUAGUGAACCAAAUCUUAACAAGAAAGAAAUGCGGAGAAUUCCUUGCACUGUAAAAUUAAUCCAAAAAAAAGAUGUUAAUAGAAGACCAGAAGUGAUGUCUAAAAAUUCAAGCAAUGUUAGAAUAUAUUCCGAGCGGGAUGUAAAGAUUCCCGGUUUAACCAAUAAAACUAUUCAUUUCGAAGAAAUGUCAUCUGACAGUGAGGAUACCAAUCUUUAUCUUGGGUCUAACAGUGAUUGUUCAGAUAUGGAAGAAUUAAAUUCGAAAAAGUCACUACACUAUCAGAUUCGUGUUGGAACUACUUAUUCACCUGUUGUUGGAGACUUCUUAAAACUUAUCAAAUCACAUUCAGUACUUCGGUCAAAACGCUAUGUAUCACCAAAGGCAUUUGAUAAUGCUAUAUGUGAUAUUAAGACAAAACUCAACAAUAAAUGGAAUAUAAAUACUACAAGCCUUGGAAUUCGACAAAGUUUGAAUCAUUUAAAAAAACAUAAUCCAAAUAUAUUAAACGAUUUAAAACAUAACCAGAAACUUGUAAAAUUAUUAAGGGAAAAAUAUAAGUGUGAAAAUAAUGAUGAUAUGCCAAAAAAAGAAAUCUCAAAACCAAAAAAAAGAAAGAUGAAUAAUAUAUCAAAGUCUAUGGAUAGUUCUACAUUAAAAAGCCUUGAAUCAUCUGAAGAAAAUAAGGUCGAUAAACUUGAUUCUGAAGAUGUUACAAUUAUUUCUGAUAAUAAUGAUAAUGAUAGUGAUAGUAAUAAUGAGAAUGAGAAUAAUGAUAAUGAUGAUGAUGAGUGCAGUGAUAUUGAAGAUGAUGAUAAUGAUGAUGAUGAAGAUGAAGAUGAAAAUGACGAAGAGUUCAAUGAAUAUAAUAAUGUUAGCGUUAGUGAAGAUUGUGAAAAUGAUACAAUCAUAACAGAUCAUAACUAUGGACAGCAAAAUUUAUCAUACACAUGUGAUAAGUGCAGUGCAAGUUAUAAAACAGAAAAGAAAUUGAAAAAGCACAUAUUUAUAGAGCAUAAUAUUGGAGAUAACCCAUAUAAAUGCAGUGGAUGUAAUAAGCUGUUUCGCAAUGCACAUAAUUUUCGAACGCAUUCAAUUUUAUGUUUGAAUAGAGGGCAAAAAUAUAUAUGUCAUAUAUGUGGUAAAUAUUACAGUAGAUUCUCUAUUAGACAUCACAUGCAAUUACAUCAAAAACCAAAAUUUGAAUGUAAGUUAUGUCCGAAAAAGUACCACAAGCCAUAUCUUUUUAAGGAGCACAUGAAAACACAUAAACAAGCACGUGAUAACAUAUGUGAAUACUGUGGUAAGGGCUACAACACUCGUAAGAGUUUGGCUGUUCAUCGCAAGGUACAGCAUAAUCUUACCUUUAAAUGUGAUAUAUGCAAUUUAAAGCUUAGUUCCGAUGCAGCAGUCGUUCGUCAUAAGCAGUAUAUGCAUUUAGCACUGGAAGGAACAAACGAAGAAUUGGAGGAAAGGACUAAAUUUAAUCGCUAUCCAAAAAUUAUAGAUCCCGAAACUAAGAAGAAACGAUACUUUUGCGAGUUAUGUGAAAAUACAUAUGCAAAUUGCAGUUCGUUAUUAUCACACAGAAGAAAUAUACAUAAAAUUAAACCGAACAAAAAGAAUAUGUAUCGCAAAACGGUGCUCAGGAAAUGGAAUAAACAAAAGGCUGCAAGCUUGCAAAAUAGUGCGAAGGAAGAAACCGAUGAAUAUAUUCCGCAUGAUGAAUAUCAAUAUAUUGAGAUGAAAGAAGAUGAUGAUAUAAUAUUGGAAGAGACCGAGGGUGACGAGUCCUUUAAUUUGUUAGAUGAAUAUUUUGAAUUAAUUGAUUAAUUAAUUGAUUUUAUUUUGU